AUGUCUUAUUAACAGAAGGGGUGCAAGGCAAUAAGAUUAUCUCAAAUCAAUUAACCUAUUCUAAAAGCUCGUAAAAGCUAAGAUUAUCCAACUGAGUAUUCGUUGGAUCACAAAUCCAGAAAUAGUUCACUCAAAUAAAACAGAGCUAUAACUCAACACAAUUCGAGAUUAAUUAGGGAAGAGGAAUUUGUAAAAAUGCGAAGGCCUUAAACAUCAAAAGGGAGCAGAAGGAAGAAAUUGAUGGGGGAUCAUGCUUUUUAGGGAACUUAAAAUUCCAAUACAAAAUGCGAAAUCUUAGAAUGCGAGAAUGAAGAUGACAAGGAUGAUCAAUAGUAAUAACAUAUUUAUCUUAUAAAUUGUAAUCCUAGCAACACUGCACGUAAUAAUUAGAAUAAGGUUCCAUUUUAAACUACUCUCGACUAAGAUUUUCUAGGUUUGUUUGCAAAUGAUUAAUUGAUUGAUUGA